CACCACAUGCGUUUGAAACGCUGAACUGGCCACUACAUGAGCCAGACAGGCACGUGAUUCAAUCUUGUGCGAUAGAUAUCUCUCUCUACGAUCUUCGAUCUGCAACUUCCUCCUCUCUCCUCUCCGAUUCGAUUUCUGGGUUUCGAUCUCACGAUUCUCAAAGCAGCAUGUUCCUGUUUGACUGGUUCUAUGGCAUUCUCGCUUCCCUCGGUCUGUGGCAAAAAGAAGCCAAGAUCCUCUUCCUCGGUCUUGAUAAUGCCGGAAAGACCACGCUCCUUCACAUGCUCAAAGACGAGAGAUUAGUUCAGCAUCAACCGACCCAACAUCCCACUUCCGAGGAAUUGAGCAUUGGGAAGAUCAAGUUCAAAGCCUUUGAUCUCGGUGGUCAUCAAGUUGCUCGCAGAGUCUGGAAAGAUUACUAUGCAAAGGUGGAUGCGGUUGUUUACCUGGUUGAUGCCUACGACAAAGAGAGGUUUGCAGAAUCUAAGAAGGAGCUCGAUGCAUUGCUUUCAGAUGAAGCCUUAGCAAGUGUUCCAUUUCUUGUGCUAGGCAACAAGAUUGACAUCCCAUAUGCAUCGUCAGAAGAUGAGCUACGAUAUCAUCUAGGCCUCACCAAUUUUACCACAGGCAAAGGCAAGGUCAAUCUCACAGACUCCAACCUUCGACCUCUCGAAGUGUUCAUGUGCAGCAUUGUUCGGAAGAUGGGAUAUGGCGAAGGCUUCCAGUGGCUUUCCCAAUAUAUCAAGUAGAGUUCAGCUUCAUUUUUGUUCCUCAUUCCCAGGUCAACUAUCCAUGUCUGCAGUUACAUCACCAGAGAUUUUACCUUUGUUUUUGCUUUUGAUUGGAUUAUUUGAUACAACUGAUGUAAUAUUCCAUGAUAAGAUUUGUAUCUUCAAUUUUUUUUGGGAAUAUUAUUUUAUCCUUUAGAAUACUUGGUUCUAUUGUAGGAUGGUAUGAUUGGGCAGAAACAAAUAAAUUUUGAAGAAGCUUGGUACACUUUCUUCCCUGUUAUAUAUGAAUGGGAUGAGGUUCUCAUA